UAAUCAAAAUUGGCAGUAGGGAUGGAGGAAUAUUGGGGUUUUAGGGUUGUUAGGGUUUCGUCAAGCCAAUGUAUUCCCUGCCGGAUUUUAAGGAGAAAAAGGCGCUGGAAAAUGGAGUGAUGUUAGCCCCCUUUCUUAUUUUUCACUGCUGCCAAAAACUAACUCUAUCUCUCUCCCCAACCCUUUCCUCCAUCUCCCUCCCUUAGAUGUGUUUGCACAGAAGAGUGCCCAGUGAAGAGACCGACUCCUUGGAUCGCUUUGCGCAAAAUCCACCGCUUUUCUCUCCUCCCUCCCUUCCAGCCUCCGAAUCCCGCAUGGCCCUCCCUCCCCUCCCGCAGCCGUGCGUGGCUGGGGAUGAGCCUCUGUGAACUACUAAGGUGGGAGGGGGCUGCAGGCAGAGGAGAAUGUCAGAUGCUCAGCUCGGUCCCCUCCGCCUGACGCUCCUCUCUGUGUCAGCCAGAACUGGUUUCUGUAAGAAAGAGCAGGAGCUGUGGCAGCGGCGAAAGGAAGCGACUGAGGCACUUGGAACCGAAAAGUCCCGGUGCUCCUGGCUACCUCGCACCGCGGUGCCCGCCCGGCCGUCAGUACCAUGGACAGCAGCGCUGCCCCCACGAACGCCAGCAACUGCACUGAUGCCUUGGCGCACUCAAGUUGCUCCCCAGCACCCAGCCCCGGUUCCUGGGUCAACUUGUCCCACUUAGAUGGCAACCUGUCCGACCCAUGCGGUCCAAACCGCACCGACCUGGGCGGGAGAGACAGCCUGUGCCCUCCGACCGGCAGUCCCUCCAUGAUCACGGCCAUCACCAUCAUGGCCCUCUACUCCAUCGUGUGCGUGGUGGGGCUCUUCGGAAACUUCCUGGUCAUGUAUGUGAUUGUCAGAUACACCAAAAUGAAGACUGCCACCAACAUCUACAUUUUCAACCUUGCUCUGGCAGAUGCCUUAGUCACCAGUACCCUCCCCUUCCAGAGUGUGAAUUACCUAAUGGGAACAUGGCCAUUUGGAACCAUCCUUUGCAAGAUCGUGAUCUCCAUAGAUUACUAUAAUAUGUUCACCAGCAUAUUCACCCUCUGCACCAUGAGCGUUGAUCGAUACAUUGCAGUCUGCCACCCUGUCAAGGCCUUAGAUUUCCGUACUCCCCGAAAUGCCAAAAUUAUCAAUGUCUGCAACUGGAUCCUCUCUUCAGCCAUUGGUCUUCCUGUAAUGUUCAUGGCUACAACAAAAUACAGGCAAGGUUCCAUCGAUUGUACACUAACAUUCUCUCAUCCAAGCUGGUACUGGGAAAACCUGCUGAAGAUCUGUGUUUUCAUCUUUGCCUUCAUCAUGCCUGUGCUUAUCAUUACCGUGUGCUAUGGACUGAUGAUCUUGCGCCUCAAGAGUGUCCGCAUGCUCUCUGGCUCCAAAGAAAAGGACAGGAAUCUUCGAAGGAUCACCAGGAUGGUGCUGGUGGUGGUGGCUGUGUUCAUUAUCUGCUGGACUCCCAUUCACAUUUACGUCAUCAUUAAAGCCUUAGUUACAAUCCCGGAAACUACGUUCCAGACUGUUUCUUGGCACUUCUGCAUUGCUCUCGGUUACACAAACAGCUGCCUCAACCCAGUCCUUUAUGCAUUUCUGGAUGAAAACUUCAAACGAUGCUUCAGAGAGUUCUGUAUCCCAACCUCUUCCAACAUUGAGCAACAAAACUCCACUCGAAUUCGUCAGAACACUAGAGACCACCCCUCCACGGCCAAUACAGUGGAUAGAACUAAUCAUCAGCUAGAAAAUCUGGAAGCAGAAACUGCUCCAUUGCCCUAACAGGAUCUCAUGCCAUUCCGACCUUCACCAAGCUUAGAAGUCACCAUGUAUGUGGAAGCAGGUUGCUUCAAGAAUGUGUAGGAGGCUCUAAUUCUCUAAGAAAGUGCCUGCUUUUAGGUCAUCCAACCUCUUUCCUCUCUGGCCACUCUGCUCUGCACAUUAGAGGGACAGCCAAAGUAAGUGGAGCAUUUGGAAGGAAAGGAGUAUACCACACUGAGGAGUCCGGUUUGUGCAAGACAGCCAAUGGAACCAAAACCCACUGUGGUAUGUGAAUUAAAGUCAUCAUAAAAGGUGACCCUUCUGUCUGUAAUAUUUUGUGUUCAAGCAAAUAUUUACGACCUCAUCAAAGAAAAACCAUCUUUUGUUAAGUUCACCAUAGAAGCACAUAAAGUAAAUGCUACCUCUGAUCAAAGCACCUUGAACGGAAGGUCCGAGUCUUUCUAGUGCUUUGCAAGGCAAUGGAUCCAUUAUUCUAUUUUAGAUCUUUAACGUUUACCUUAAAAUUAGCAUCUGGCUAAGGCAUCAUUUUCACUUCCAUUUCUUGGUUUUGUAUUGUUUGAAAAAAUAACAUCUCUUUCAUCUAGCUCCGUAACUGCAAGGGAAGAGAUCAGCAUGAAAGGUAAUCUAAACCACAGUCAUGUGUCAGCUGUAGAAAGGUUGAUUCUUAUGCACUGCAAAUACUUCCAAAGAGUCAUCAUAGGGGAGUUUUCAUUCUUAGGCUUUCAGUGGUUUGUUCCCCAGUUUUAAAUGUGCAAUUUUCUUGCUCCUAUUUAAGUGUUCACAAAAGGUAAUAGUCAAUGAGCUCAUCACUUCAUCCAUGCAGGAAGUCAAGCAUUAAAAUGUACUCUUUAUUUCUCACUGAUUUCUCCAUACCGCAUGCUCCCCACAUAUUAUUUUCUUUUUUUAACUCAGCUCAGAAUCCUUAUGCCUUUUGAAUCAGUGUAAUAAAAUGGCAGAUGUUUUUGUUGAUUGCCAGAACAGUUUCAACUUCUUUUAAAUAAUAGAUCCAAUAAACAUAAUCUCAAGACAGACUCAAAUGACCAUAUAAAAAAAGUGUGUCAUCUAUUUUUCAAUCCUGUGUAGCUACUUGGAUGUGAAAUAUUAACAAUGGCCCAAAAAUAUUUUCCUGAAGAUUGUGUUUAUAUAAUGUUACCACCAAUAUUUUGGUCUUUUUGAUCUCUGCUAAAUGUCAAGAUUUCCUUUGUAAAGUGUCAAUCUUCUAAAUAGUUUCUCUAAGACAAUUCUCCUCUUUGACUGAUUUUCUUUGUUGUGAAACACAGUAGAGAUUUGGCAAUCACCCAUUUUACUUGAUCUAGGUAGACAGCCAAGUCAGAUGGCCCAUGCCAAGAAGCUCUCCAUUUUGAACUUUUGUCAGCAUUGAUUAAACUAGUCAAAUACCCCUUGUAGUUAUCUAUGAAGAUACAAGUGAAAAACUAGGCUGCUGACUUCUGAGUAUUCCUGAGUCUACAAUCUGCUGGAAGACUCCAUUGUAAAAUUUGUAUUUCUUCAUCGAUCUGACAAGGCACAAAUAUGUGCCAGAUAUCCAAAAGCAAUGUUUCUAGAAAACAGCUGUCGGGAUCAGAAUAACUGAAUUUAGUCUCAGAUCUAUUGGCUAUAGUUAUGUGGACUCAACCCAUCUAUCCAGUAGAUGGGAAAAAACAAAAGCCAAAAUAAGUGUUCUAAUGUUUCCUUCUGAUGAAGUUUCCCGUUUGCUUGUAAUAAUCUCCAUUUCUCAAAUAUUAUGUUCCAUAAUAGACAGAUAUUAUGUUUAAUUUUUUAUAUUUUCUGACAAAAGUAGCUAAAACUAGGACCUUAAAAAGAUUUAGAAUGUUAAAAAAAAGUGUACUAGUUUGUAUAUAUUUACAUAUAUACACUACUAGAGCUUCCAUAAGUAAAAUGGAUAAUUCAAACAGAGUACAACGUAAUAUUUGUAUGUAAAUAACAGAGGAGGAAAAUUCAUGCUUUUCAUGGGCUAUGAUGGUUUCUCUCAAGGGAUGACAUAGUAUUGCUUUUGCUCAUCAGGCUGUUUUUCCACAAACAUUGUUUCUGCUUAAUACCAGCUCCUAAUACGAAUUAUCUGGCAAGUUGUUGGAGCAACUUUCCCUUCAAGUAGGACCUGAUCUAUCUUUUUCCACAAAUGUCAUGCGUGUGAACAAGUUUCUUCCAUGUCAUCUUUGAGACUCUACACAGAAUACACAAUAAAGGGGGUUAUUUUUAAAAUAAGACAUUCUAAAGUAAAUAAUAAAUAAGUGCAUUGUCAACAUUUUUCAUUCAAAACCAUUUUUUAAUGUAAAUUUGCUAGAACCACCUUGCAAUUCCAAGGCAAGUAGAGACAUAACAACCCCGACUCAACUAGAUGGUCUAAGGUUUCUGAUAAAAUCUGAAGAUAAAGAAAAUGGAAUAUUCUGCUUUUUUCUUCCCUCUAAUUUUACCCUUGCCUAAGGAUGUGAUUUCUUUCUGGGUUGGUAUCCCAGAAAUGCAGACUAUAGAUAUGGGGCAGAAGCUUUGCUUCUUCACCUGAUCACUUGCUGUGGAAUUUCUAGCUUAUUCUGUCCCAAGCAGUUAGUGGUAUUUUCUCUUUCAGUCUCCACUGUUAUUUUGCUCCUUCAUCCGUCUUUCCUUGCCAAUCAUUAGAAAGGGAAGAAGAGGAAAGAGACUUGGCUGGGGCAAUUAUGAAUCCCUAGGACCCUGCUACUAAUGUCCCCAUAGGAAGGCGCUAUCUGUCCUCAGAAGGGGAUUUGAUCAUACUUCUGUUUUAAGCCUCUAGCUGUAACAUUGUAGACCCACUUUAACAGCUUGAUGAUGGUGAAUAAAAGAGUAUAGCGAAGAAGCUAAAAUUUGAGCUUCAAGGUCAUGCAAACCAACGUCUGAAUACACUUUGAAAUUUUUCGACUUUAUGGUUUUGAGCAACAUAUUUAAGCUCUCCUAGCUUCAGUCUUCUCUUAAAACCGUGGAUGAUAAUAGCAACCUUACUGAAUUGUGGUCAAGAUUAAGUGACAUAAUACAUACAAAAAGUUUGGCCUACCAGGCAGCCAAUGCUUCCUAUGUGCAGUGAAAAUUAUAAAUGAAAACUAUCAGCACCAAAACAACAACAAGGGAAACUUGGGGAAUUCACUGGGAACAAUCUCUGCUCAUCUUUGGCACUAAACCCUGAGAGAAAUCUCCUUGAGAAGGGAGGAAGCCCCUUAAGGGAAGCCUUCUGUGAUAGAAUCCCAACGGGGCUGUCAGAAGGAGAACUCCUAAUCUGGCCAUUUGAGGCACUUCUCAACAUUGAAAUAGACAGUUGCAGUUUUAAAAUAAACUCUUCUAAGGCACAGCUAUGAGUAGGUAAGAGAGCAUUCAUUUCCUUCAAUAAUAUGACUAUGUUGAUAAAACUGAUAUCCAUUCACUUGCAAAUUUUAUUAUCGAAAAAGUCUCACUUAGCUCAUUUAAUAUUAUCCAAAAGAUGCUAGCAAAUUCUGUUUCCCACAUUAUCACAGCAUGCCCUUUACAUCUCAGGAUCCAGGCAAAAGUUGAAAUUCAGAAACAUAGAUAUGAAAUGUAGCUAAGAUACAAAGAAAAUACCUCUGCAAAGAUUCUGACUACAUUUAACAGAAAGUCCCCAAACCAUUCAAAGUCUUUACUUAAGUCUAUUUAUAUGUUUAAAAGCUAAAAACAAGAUAUUUUUGGUAAUGCUUCAAUUAAAUGUUUUAUCUAAAUAUGUGGAAAUGAUAAGAUGCAUACUGCAUCUCUCAUAUAAUAAAGAUAAUCAGUUUUAUAUGGACAUAUUCUCCAUCUACUGGCAAUCACCAAGAUAAGAUGGCACUAGAAAUUUUUCUCCAGCUUAUGCCAUGAAUACUGCAGAAGCUGAUACUAUCAGUUGUGUUUUUACAAAUUCUAGAGGGUUCUAGCCAAAGCAACCUAAGAAUAGGACAUGGUAGCUUAAGUUUCUCAGCUCCUCAACUGGCCACACACACCUAAGUUGUGGUUGUACAAUUCUUGAGGUCAAUCAGAACCAAAAAAACUGCUGCUGGAAGAAAUAUUAUCCUCUUCAUAGAAAUAUCCACCAACAGAAAAUUGGUUUCUCAAGGAAUCCCUACUGUCAUUGUAGAAAUAUCAAGAUUCUUGCCUGGAUUCUCAACAUAAUUCUUUACUCACUGGCCUAUUGCUUGGGCUCAGGAGAAGAAUGAGAACAUAAAAGUUCAUAAAUGCCUGGGCCACUACAACUCUAACCACUGUGUUUCCCCCAGUUUGGUAUGGUUCAGGAUCCAUAGUCACAGAACAGGGCGUGCAGACUGCAUUUAAGACCACUGCAAGUAGAGUCUAAGGCAAAAGUCAAUUAAAGAGUCCAACUCUGGGACAUCCAUUUAAGAGCCAUUUAAUCCAUUUAAUUACAAAUAAUUUCAACUCAUAGUCAAUGUUCUUCACUGUCAUCAAAAUAUAAAAAGUACAAGGAAUUGUGUACAUUACAAACUGCUCCAGAAGCAAAACCAAAUGUAGAUAGCUUUGUGAGCUGCAUUGUGUGGCAAAUGUUCAACCUUUUGUUAUGCAAUACUACCCAUAUUGAGUACCAUUCUUAAAACAGUAGACAGAUGAGUCAAGUUCAAUUUAAUGCAAACCAUAUUAUUGUGUCCUAAGCACUUCUGUUACUGGAAAGGGAUCUGAUAGAAACUCCAAAAGAAGAUUCUUGGACCUCAUGCAAGAAAGAAUUCAGGGGAGUCCAUAGAGUAAAGUGAAAGUGAAACAGGUCAGGAUCAAUGGUCUUGUUGUCAAAGGUGUUAUCUGAGCUCACUGUCUCACAACCAAGAAAAUUAAGGAGCAUGGACACAAAGGGUGAGGUUGGAGCAAAAGUUUAAUAAGCAGAAGAGAAAAGCUCUCUCUAGCAGAGACGGGAGCCCAAGUGGGUUGCUGUUUUUACAGCUGAAUCCAAAAGCUUUCGUAAGAAACUCCUCUCAUCGCUGUAGCUAUUUGAGUAACUUCUCUUAUCUGAAAAGCUGUCUGUAUAACUGCCUCUAUCUGUGCAGCUACGGGAUGUCUCUAGGCAAGCACAAAGCAUAGCUUCUCUUGUUGUAUAACUGUGGGUUUGUUUUAAGUAAGCCCCUUUUCCUCCCUGUGGAAGUUCCCACAGAGCAGAAAAAAGCAGGAAACUUUUUCCUGGGAGCCCACUAAUCACACACUGAACAAAAGGCUUUUGUGCUGGGCCUUACUUUCUAAGAGUGCAGCAGUUACAGUCUGAGUUUUCCCCAGGCUGCUCCAUUUUUGCCUGUAGCUAUGAUUUUUCAGGCAGGCUGCUUCUCCAAGGACUAGUCUUAGCUGUCUACCUAACUGAUUUGUCCUUUUUUUCUCCCUCAAAAGCAAGUUUAUUAGGAAAGUAAAGGAAUAAAGAAUGGCUACUCUGUAGGCAGUGUA